CCUGGACAACCGAAGAGUCGUCUGUGGACCGGUGGAGGGCUGCAGGACGGUUCCGCAGCACCGGGACACCGCUCACAGUGGACCGGACUGACGACUGCUGGGACAAGAGGAAAACGGCUUUGGAAAAAAAACAAACAGAUGACUACUGAGGAUUAGAGUUCUAUGAAUUUUUUUUCUUCUUUCUUUCUUUCUGCAUCAGUCACAUUUGUAUUGGAGACUAUUUGGCUGAGCAUUUGGAUACUGGAAGGAGGACAGGAAGAGGACAACAUGGACUUAGUGGGAGAGUCAGAGCAAACAGAUGAGUCACUUAUGAGUGACAGAUGAUGCAACAGUGUCUGGAACAGUUUCUUCUCACAGACCAUGGAGCUAAUUGGACCAAGAGAAAGGGAGAAAGUGUUUUUUCACAAGUGUCUGCCUUUUUUCUUUUUUUUCCAUUAUUUUGCCAGUGACACAACAGUCUCAGGCAGUUGGGAACCAAUGACCUAAUUCAAAUUAAAUGACCUCACACUGAUAUGUAGCCCGCCUGCUCACCGGGUGAUGGAACAUAAACACAAGUCAGACAUCAUUAAGGCCAGAGUGUGUGAGGUUACAUGAUACCUCUGUGGGUUUAACCAGGAGGAGUGAGUUUUGAUGUUGCGUGCAGUGAUGUUACGGCGCGGACUACUGUUGUGGGUGUCCCGUGUCGGGGGGCUUCUGGUGCUCCUCUGCUGCUCACUUUCGCUCCUUUAUGUGAUGAGAUGCAGCCCGCCAUACUCUAAUGACCCUCCACUGAGUCAUAUAUUACCCCACGCUGGAUCUAAUCAUCCCAGCCUGGGAGGCACGAGGCCGGAGACCGGAGCGGGAGCCGCUGGGGUCGGAGGAGCUGGGCCUGCCCACAGCGGCGGUCCUCCGAGUGCCCACUCUUACCAGGUGCUCCUCCAAGAGCGUGAGGAGCAGCACCGCCUCCACAUCUCCUCCUUGAAGAAACAGAUAGCUCAGUUGAAAGAGGCAUUGCAGGAGCGCAGUCAGCAGUUGAAAGGAGUACAGGAAAGCCUGAAAAAAGCCAAUGGAGGCCCAGCAGAGGGGCAGGAAGGAGGCGCUGCCUCACAAGGAGGUGGUGUUGGAGAAGCUCAGGUAGCCAAGAGCCAGCCUGCGGACCUACAGGAGUUCCUGAAGGCCCAGUUGUCAAAAGCUGAGGUGACCUCUGGCAUCAGGUUGCCCAGCGAGUACGCUGUAGUGCCAUUUGAGAGCUUCACCCUGCAAAGAGUAUACCAGCUGGAGAUGGGGCUGACACGUCAUCCGGAGGAGAAGCCUGUGAGAAAGGACAAACGAGAGGAGCUUGCGGAGGUCCUGGAGACGGCUCUGCAUAGCCUCAAUACGCCUUCAUCUGAGCAGGACCACAGAAGUGCAGCGGAAAAGGCCCAAGUCUACACACCAUCUGACUUCAUAGAAGGUAUCACGCGUACAGAAAAGGACAAAGGUACGUUGUACGAGCUGACCUUCAGAGGGGAGUCAAGUAAUGAAUUCAGACGCCUGGUCCUCUUCCGGCCCUUCGGACCACUCCUGAAGGUGAAAAACGAGAGAGUGGACACAACCAAUGUGCUCAUCAACAUCAUCGUCCCGCUCUCCCGACGCACGGACAAGUUCAAGCAGUUCAUGCACAACUUCAGGGAAGUCUGCGUGCAUCAGGACGGCCGGGUUCAUCUGACGGUGGUGUAUUUUGGGAAAGAGCAGAUGAGCGAAGUCCAGAGCACUCUGGAGAACACAUCCAGGGAAGCAAAUUUUAAGAACUACACGCUGAUGCAGCUGGACGAGGAGUUCUCUCGGGGGCGGGGUCUGGACAUCGGCGCCCGAGCUUGGAAGGGAGGCAACGUGUUACUCUUCUUCUGCGACGUGGACAUCUACUUCACCGCCGACUUCCUCAACACCUGCCGACUCAACGCACAGCCUGGUAAAAAGGUCUUCUACCCGGUGUUAUUCAGCCAGUACAACCCCACUGUGAUCUAUGGAAGUCCCGAUCGUAUCCCAGCAGUAGAACAACAGCUGGUGAUCAAGAAAGACACGGGCUUCUGGAGGGAUUUCGGUUUCGGCAUGACCUGCCAGUACAGGUCCGACUUCCUCAACAUCGGAGGUUUUGACAUCGACAUCAAAGGCUGGGGCGGCGAAGAUGUUCACCUCUACAGGAAGUACCUCCACAGCAACCUUCUGGUGGUUCGAGCGCCGUCGCGAGGCUUGUUCCACCUGUGGCACGAGAAGCACUGCGCCGACGAGCUCCCGCCCGACCAGUACCGCAUGUGCAUGCAGUCCAAGGCCAUGAACGAGGCCUCGCACGGCCAGCUGGGGAUGCUCUUCUUCAGGCACGAGAUUGAAGCUCACCUCCGCAAGCAGAAACUGCAGCAAAACUCGAACGCUAAGAAGACUUGAAUGCUGGAGCUGAAUUACGGUGGCUCUCUGUGCAAUAGGAGCUGGUGAACCCAGCUGAUCUGAACAUUAUGCUUUAAGCAGUUUGCUGUGAAAUGCUCUUGUUUGCUGUCUUGCUGAGAACUAUUGAGAUGGUUUACUUGGGAAAUCUCUCCCUGUCUUGUUGGGUUAUGCUGACCUGUAAAAAAAAAAAAAAAAAAGUUGUUUUUUCUGUUCAUCUUUUGGUUGGGUCCGUCUAGUUCUCUUUUACCUGCAUUUCCAGUCUUUGCACUAGGCUAAUGCAGGCUUAAGUCUGUCUUGCCAUCUAACUCACACCUAGAAAACAAACACGUGGUUACCAAAAUCUAAAGCUUCUCCUUUUAAUGACAAGAUGUGAGGACUUUAAGGACUCAACAUAACAGAAACUGUUUUGGCUGUGCAUCUUCACUGUUGAAAUGGAGAGUCGGACACUUCCUGCAGCAUCCAUCUGUACUGUAAGGUGCUUUUCAGCGCUCUCCAGAAGAAAACGUGGAGCCUAAAAUUUUGAGCUUUAAGUUGACUGUGAACUGCGUGCCUUCUGUGAAUAACUCCUGAACACUGUCUGCUCUGGAUGGUCAGUAAAACUUAGUGAACCUUCCUGCAGGUUUUAUAUAAAUUGGGGAACACUGCCACCCAGUGGGCGGGGGUUGAAUAACGUGCUUGUGAACAAUUAAGGACUUUUAUAAAGCCUUAAAUGGCCUUGUAGGUUGUUUUUAAUAUAUACAUAUAAAUUAUUGUUUAUUGAUCUUCUUUGUUUUAUUAAUAUUUUUCAUUUUUGUAAAUGCUACAAGCUUCAGGCAGUGUUUGGUGUAGGCGUUAUGUAGGCAUAUACUGAUGGGUUAGAAAUGACAGGAAAACCCAACACAAAGUUAUGAAUCUUAGUAAGUUAAUUGACUGCCAGUUGUCAGGUGUCAGGUGUCACACAUUGGUCCAAAAUAUGUGUUUGAGCAGGCUGAGAUUUCGAGACUUUGAACCCUCGUGUCCUGUGGACAGGGGGAUUGUAAUCACAUCUGGAUAGGCAUGUUUCAUUAAGCGAUUGAAGGUGGUGCACUGGCUUGCAGCAAGAUUUCCCUCUAAGUAGGGAUGAGUGGACCAUUAGCCGUGGGGUUGAAAUGCCUGUCACAACAUAAAAUAACUAAAUCCCCUCGCUGUGGGGUUCUAGCAUUCAGGCCUGUACCAGUUUUUGAUGCCAGACAUGAGAAUGGGAUCAAGGAUGACUCAUCCGGCCACGGCACUUAUUUCCACGUUUCUGACAAAUAGUGCUUUAGUGGGUUUGUCCACAAAAAGUUGUGCAUUCAUUUUGAUACAAACCACAGCAGCAUCCCUGUCUGUGUAGCUGACGAUGGAUUGUUAUGCUGAUGUCGUCAGAUCGCUGACACUCUGUCACCUGAGGAAGAGUCGCUCCGUUUACACACAUCAAAUAUGCGCCAUCAGUUGUUGUUUUUAAACCUACCCACUGAUUUGUUUCCCUACUCGGCUAAAUGCAGAUGUCACUUUAGUCACUGUUCCCUGUGAAACACCAGCCAGUCGAGCAGUCUCGGCGACCAAAGCUUCCUUUCUUCUUCAUGCAAAAGCGAAAUCAACUGGACCUGCCCACCAUCUUUUAAUUUGUAACCCAUCUAUACAUAUUUAUGCCCACAGUGUGACUAAAGAUCACUUCCUUUUUAAAUAUUUAAAUUAAGAUAGACGUGAACAUGUAGGCUACUUUGUGUUUUCAUUUACUUAAUUUGCGGUCACAUAAAUUAAUGUGAUAAAAUGUAAAUGUAAAUUAUUGACGAUGACUCAGAAAGUCAGAACGGGACUUUUAAUCUUAAGGUUUUUAUUCCACGUGACUCAAAUGUGAGAAAGAUAUGAAAACUUGCCAGUGCAAUACUAAAGAAGAAAUGUGACAUUACACGUGUUUGAGUGUAGUCACAGAGAUACACAGAGAUACCUGACUUGUCUUUUGUGUUUCAUUUUACACAAAAUCACAUUCUUCUGUGUGGAAGUCAUUCAGAUGAUCCUUUUAUAUUUGAUUCUUUUAUGUUCAAGAUAUUUCUUUCACUCCAUGUAAAUGAGCUAAAUAAACAUUUGUUUAUACUUUAUGACUUUGCUUAUGUCAUAUUCUGUAGUUAUCAAAUCCAGUGUAACUAUAAGAUGGUUUGCAUUACAGAAAAUAUUCUUUUUUUCUACUUUCAACCGUAUUUUGACACGUGUAAUAACACAGACAUGUUCAUCUUUGUUUAGUUCUUUCUUAUGUGCUAAGUCUUGAUCCAAAAUGUCCAGUACAAAUACAUUUUUAAAAAUUAAAAACAAAAAUGUUAAACAGAGAAUAUGUUAUUACAGGAUAAUACCAAAUAAUGCUAUUUAUGGUAUUUUUUGUUUAGUUUGCUUAUUUUCACAAUAAAUGUCAUCUAAGUUUUUA